AUGGCCUCUCAGGUCUUCUGCUUCUAUAACCCUCUGAAUUUCAUGGAACAACCUGCAGAGAUGUUGAUUGAUGACCCUGUAUUGGUGCCAAAGAACUACCAGCACAUCUUAGCCCAGGUUUUUGCUGUAAAAGAGAUCAAUGAGAAUCCCAUCAUCUUACCAAAUACCACUUUGGGCUUCCAUAUCCUCAACAGCUACUAUUUAUCAAGGAUGACUUAUAAAACCUCCCUUAGCCUGAUUUCUACAUACCAUCAGUUCAUUCCCAAUUUCAAGUGUGAUGCCAAAGGAAUUCUCGUAGCUAUCAUUGGAGGGCUUGUCUCAGAAACCUCUGCCAAUGUGGCCACCAUUUUAUCACUCUAUAAGAUUCCACAGCUCCAUCACUUUCUAGGGAACAUCUUGUUCAACAACAGCGCUGAAGACACUGUGAUGCCAAUUUCUGGGUGCAACAACAAUUGCCUUCCUGGCUACAGCAGAAAAAAGAAGGAGGGAGAAAAGUUUUGCUGCUAUGACUGUGUUUCAUGUCCAGAAGGAAUGGUCUCCAAGCAGAAGGAUAUGGAUACCUGUGUUCCAUGUCCAGAAGACAGCCACCCCAACAAAGACAAAAACCACUGCAUUCCCAAAAUUAUAAGCUACCUAUCAUAUGAAGAACCCCUAGGAUUUGUCUUAGCUAAACUGGCUGUUUCUUUCAUUCUGAUUACCGCCUCAGUGCUUGCAACAUUUUUGAAGCAGCAAAACACCCCCAUAGUCAAAGCCAACAACCGGAGCCUCACCUACAUCCUCCUCAUAUCCCUCCUUCUUUGUUUCCUCUGUUCCUUUCUGUUCAUUGGGCAGCCUGAAAGAAUGACCUGCUUGCUCCGACAAACUGUUUUUGGCAUCAUCUUCUGUGUGGCCCUUUCAAGUAUAUUGGCCAAAACUAUCACUGUGAUUCUGGCAUUCAUAGCUACCAAACCAGGAACUGAGAUGAGGAAAUGGAUGGGGAAAAGACUGGGAGGUUCUGUUGUUCUUUCUUGCUCUUUUAUUCAAGUAUCUAUUUGCACUGUUUGGCUAACUACUUUCCCUCCAUUCCCAGAUAAGGACAUGCAUUCAUGGAAUGGGAAAAUCAUAAUAGAAUGUAACGAGGGCUCAGCUACCCUGUUUUACUGUGUCCUCGGUUACAUGGGUUUCCUAGCUUUUGUCAGCUUCACUGUGGCUGUAUUUGCUAGGAAGUUACCUGACAAUUUCAAUGAAGCCAAAUUCAUCACUUUUAGCAUGUUGAUAUUCUGCAGUGUUUGGUUGUGCUUUGUUCCCACUUACCUGAGUAUCAAAGGGAAACACCUGGUGGCUGUGAUUUUCUCUAUUUUAUCCUCCAGUGCUGGCAUACUGAUUUGCAUUUUUGCCCCAAAAUGCUAUGUCAUUUUACUGCGGCCUGAACUGAACAACAGGGAGCAGUUAAUAAGGAGAAAAAUGUAA